CUCUUUAUUUUGAUUUUCGUGUUAUUCUUUCUUGAACUUUUUAACGAUCAUAGUUCUUGAUGCGCUAAAGUUUUUUGUCUCAAAAAUGCUUUUGUUUGAUGAAUUUCGUGUACUGCAGACAUUAUUUUAUUAUCAUAAUGCUCAUAUCUUUCUUCAAAAUGGUCUCUGUGGAGUUCUUGAUGCAUUUGAAUUCAUAUUGUUAAAGUUAGAUGUUCCAUUAAGACUCAAACCUGAAACUCAUCUUAUUCGUUAUUUCUUUUUAUGUCGGAUGUGGGACGUCCAUUAUUUUCUAAAAAAUUCGCUAUUGCUGUUGUGGAUAUCAGUAGCAUCAUGAAUGUUGCUAUUGCAAUUCUGAAUGUUUUCUUUCCAGAAAUUUGGACGUGUUAAGAUAAUUGACCAGUUUACAAUAAUUAUUGGAAAAUUUUAUCCUUUAUUGUUAUUGGAAAUUCCAUGAGGCCUUCUCUAUUGAUUCCAUCAAAUUACACCUUUUAUUCUUGAUUCAGGUGGAUUCCAUUAAGUUCACAUAAUUAUCAACUAUAUAUUUAUCAUUAAAAAAAAAACAAGAAAACAGAAAAGAAAAGCUCAACUGUGUUAUGUGAUGUGUGUUAUCAUUUUCUUGUGCUAUAAAUGAAGUCUCAUAAUUAUGCUAACAUUUACAGAUCGAUCACUGGACAUCAGAAAGAAAAGAAAACUGUAGUACAAAAAAUAAUGUACUUUAUCAUUGAUUUAAUCGAUCCGCAUCCACUAUGUGUACAUAAGCAUGGAAAGUUCAUCCAUUGAUUGUGUGGAUCAAGCCCAUAGAAUCAUGUAGAACUAUUGGUUUCCAUUUCCUGCAGGUCAUCAUUGUCUAGGCCUUCUUUCUCUCAUCACAUAACUACGACUGAGAUUCCCCACCCCCCCUUUAAAUUAACCACAAUCGAAAGUUAUUCAAGGUCAGUACACAAAAUGCUGUAUACAUACAUAUGCGUGUGUCCACAUACACACUCGAAGUUGGGGGGCAAUGGUCUAGGCCUUUAUAAAUUGUCUGAUAUUGCUUACCUGAAUUAAUCAAUAUUACCACUCACACCCAGAGAGAGAAAAGAAGAGAAGGGGGGUGGGGUGUGGGGUAAGAGAAAGUGGCUUAGAUUAACUCCUGAAGCAAAGAAUAUAAAAGGACAAACUUUUGGCUAAGAUCAUGUGUGAAGAAUGUAAAAAUAAAAUUUACAAUUGAACAUGCAUUAUGUAGAUGUUCUCGGUGCAUCCAUUGAGGAAAAAAAAAGGAAGUUAUUGGCACAUAAAUUAGUUUUGUGUUGUUGCUCGGUUGGUCAUCUAAUAAAUAUUAAUACAUAAUUUUUUGAUAUAGCCUUGUAUUAUAUGAGCAAUGCAGCCUGCUUAGAAUGUUUAAGAGAAGCUCUUUAUUAGGGUUGGUUACUAUUGGCUAUAAAAUAUGUCUUAUCGCCAAACAUUAUACACCAGUUCAGCUUAAAAUAAAAUUUACAAUUGAACAUGCAUUAUGUAAAUGUUUUUGGUACAUCCAUUGAGGGAAAAAAAAGGAAGUUAUUGGCACAUAAAUUAGUUUUGUGUUGUUGGUCGGCUGGUUAUCUAAUAAAUAUUGAUACAUAAUUUUUUGAUAUAGCCUUGUAUUAUAUGAGCAAUGCAGCCUACUUGGAAUGUUUAAGAGAAGCUCUUUAUUAGGGUUGGUUAUUAUUGGCUAUAAAAUAUGUCUUAUAACCAAACAUUAUACACCAGUCCAGCUUAAGUCGAUGAUGAAUACUUUUGUUGCUUCUCACCUAAUAGCUCGUGGUAUUUGAACUUUGUAAUUCCCUGAUUUCUUGAGCCAUUCCUGAGUAGUAUUAAUUGAUUAUUUUGUGUUGCAGGGCCUUAAAUGGAUGGAAAGGCUCUUAAUUUUGUUUUAAUAUUUUCUAUAUGCCACGGAUAACGUCACAGUGAGAGAUUAUUUAUUAGUUUGUAACCAAGACUCAGUGAUAAGCCAAUAACACUUCCUCAACACAAUGUCUUACUGUCAACUUCUACAGAUUGGAGAGCAUGGUUAACUUUGUUGUAGCCAUGCAUUAUGGAGCAAGACAUGGGCCAUGGGGGCCUGUUGUGGAGCCCAGUUACUAAUUUGUCAUUUCUCUGACUGCCUGUAUAUUUUCGGAAAGGUCUUUGCUUUUUAAUAUAAGUACUCUGGGACAAGAUCUUCUUAGUUACCAUGCAUUCUCUCCAGCUAUAUCGUUUAACGGAGCAUGGCCGAACCUUAUCGGCAUCUGGAAGGAGAACUCUUGCAGUAGCUUCAGCUGUCCUGGUUGCCGGGGGCACUGCUGCUUAUAUGCAAUCACGACGACGUGAUAGAAAUGUUCAGCAUAAUGCUUUGGGACCUGAUACUGAUAGGGAAACGCUAGCUCAGGUUGGCAGCAAUGAUUCUAAUAUUAGCAGGAGUACACGAAAACGAGGUGGACUCAAAUCUCUUCAUGUAUUGGCUCGGAUCCUACUCUCCAAUAUGGGCCGAAAGGGUGUGCACAACCUUCUAGCACUGGUUAGCGUUGUGGUUUUGAGAACUGCUUUAAGCAAUAGGUUGGCCAAAGUGCAAGGUUUCUUGUUUCGGGCCGCUUUUUUAAAACGCGUGCCAGCUUUUUUGCGUCUCAUUGCUGAAAACAUACUUUUAUGCUUUCUUCAAUCCACCUUAUUUUCCACCUCAAAAUACCUAACGGGGACAUUGAGUUUGCAGUUCAGGAAGAUAUUGACACAGCUUAUUCAUGGGGCAUAUUUUGAGAAUAUGACAUAUUACAAGAUGUCGCAUGUUGAUGGUCGAAUUAAUAAUCCGGAACAGCGAAUUGCAAGUGAUGUACCACGAUUUUGUUCAGAGUUGAGUGACCUCAUACAGGAGGAUAUGAUUGCAGUUACUGAUGGCCUUCUUUAUACCUGGCGGCUGUGCUCUUAUGCCAGCCCCAAGUAUUUUUUCUGGAUAUUGGCCUAUGUAAGUGGAGCAGGGCUUGCGAUUGGGAAUUUUUCUCCUUCAUUUGGGAAAUUGAUGUCCAGGGAGCAGCAGUUGGAAGGGGAGUAUCGGCAACGUCAUUCUCGCUUAAGAACCCAUUCGGAAAGUGUAGCAUUUUAUGGUGGUGAAAAACGGGAAGCAUUUCACAUCAAACAACAUUUCAAAACUCUUGUUGGGCACAUGAAACUUGUUCUUCAUGAUCAUUGGUGGUUUGGAAUGAUUCAAGACUUCCUAUUGAAAUAUUUGGGUGCUACAGUUGCAGUCAUCCUUAUCAUUGAGCCAUUCUUUUCUGGAAAUUUAAGACCUGAUACUUCCACUCUGGGUCGUGCAGAAAUGUUGAGCAAUUUAAGAUACCAUACAAGUGUGAUAAUAUCUUUAUUUCAAGCAAUGGGAACUCUUUCUAUCAGUUCACGAAGGCUAGCUCGUCUCAGUGGCUAUGCUGAUCGUAUUCGUGAAUUAUUGGUAAUAUCAAGGGAGCUUAGUGCUACCAAUGAUCGAUCUUCCAAUAAUAUCAAUGCGAGGGCGAGUGCUUUUAGUGAAGCAAACUAUAUUGAAUUUGAUAAUGUUGAGGUUGUGACACCGACUGGGAACAAAUUGGUGGAUGGAUUGACUCUGAGAGUUGAAUCGGGUUCUAAUUUGUUGAUCACAGGUCCAAAUGGAAGUGGGAAAAGCUCUCUCUUUCGGGUUCUUGGAGGGCUUUGGCCGCUUGUAUCUGGCCGUAUUGUGAAACCCGGGGUUGGUUCUGAUCUUAAUAAGGAGAUAUUCUAUGUACCACAGAGACCAUAUACAGCUGUUGGAACGCUUCGUGACCAGUUAAUAUAUCCACUUACAGCAGAUGAAGAAACUGAACCACUUACAUAUAAUGAAAUGGUUGAGCUUUUAAAAAAUGUUGACCUUGAGUAUUUAUUGGAUCGCUAUCCACCUGAAGAAGAAAUCAAUUGGGGGGAUGAGCUUUCUCUUGGAGAACAGCAGAGAUUGGGGAUGGCUAGGUUAUUCUAUCACAAACCAAAAUUUGCUAUUCUUGAUGAGUGUACAAGUGCUGUUACAACUGAUAUGGAAGAACGCUUCUGCGCAAAAGUCCGUGCAAUGGGGACCUCUUGCAUCACAAUAUCUCACAGACCUGCUCUUGUAGCAUUUCACGACAUGGUUUUGUCUUUGGAUGGAGAAGGGGGAUGGAAUGUUCACUCUAAGAGGGAGGACUCCCCAGUUCCAGCUGUAACAUCUCCCGCUCUACUGAGAUCGUCAGAAUCAGAGCGUCAAAGUGAUGCAAUUGCAGUUCAAAAAGUAUUUUCUUCUACAGGAAAGGAUACUGCAUUUGCUAAUUCCAAAGCGGUAGAUUCAUACAUAAAGGAAGUGCUAGCGAAAUCUCCACAUGUUGAUAACAGAAUUUCGGUGCCCAUGGUCCCACAGUUGCUAAACACUCCGAGGGGAAUGCCAGCUAGAGUAGCUGCGAUGUGCAAAAUUCUUGUACCCACUUUACUUGAUAAACAAGGAGGACAGUUGUUUGCAGUGGCUUUACUGGUUAUGUCUAGGACAUGGAUCUCAGAUCGUAUUGCUUCCUUAAAUGGGACUAGUGUCAAGUUUGUUUUGGAGCAGGAUAAGGCAUCAUUCAUGUGGUUAAUUGUCAUCAGUGUCAUCCAAAGUGCUGCAUCAUCCAUUGUUGCCCCUUCUUUGAGAUAUUUAACUGCCAAACUGGCUCUUGGAUGGAGAAUCCGUCUGACUCAGCAUUUACUAAAGAACUAUUUGAGAAACAACGCACUUUACAAGGUAUUCCACUUGUCGAGUAAAAACAUGGAUGCAGACCAGAGAAUAACACAUGAUGUGGAAAAAAUGACUACCGAACUCUCAGGGCUGGUGACUGGAAUGGUGAAGCCAUCUGUGGACAUUCUCUGGUUCACAUGGAGAAUGAAGCUGUUAACUGGGCCACGGGGUGUCAUUAUACUGUAUGCUUAUAUGCUGUUAGGUUUAGGUUUCCUUAGGAGUGUCACUCCCGAAUUUGGUGACCUUGCUAGUAGGGAACAACAGCUUGAGGGAAUUUUCAGGUUUAUGCAUUCAAGACUCCGUACUCAUGCAGAAUCUGUUGCAUUCUUCGGGGGUGGUGCCCGAGAGCGAGCUAUGGUUGAUUCACGGUUUAAGGAAUUGCUUAGGCACUCAGAGCUCCUCUUGAGGAAGAAAUGGUUGUAUGGUAUAUUGGAUGAUUUUAUCACAAAGCAAUUGCCCCAUAAUGUGACUUGGGGAUUGAGCUUAUUAUAUGCUGUGGAUCACGGAGGAGAUAGAGCCUUGACCUCUACUCAAGGGGAGCUCGCGCAUGCGUUACGUUACUUAGCUUCUGUAGUUUCUCAAAGCUUUCUUGCUUUUGGUGACAUUCUUGAGUUGCAUAAAAAGUUCCUUGAGCUGUCGGGGGGUAUCAAUCGGAUUUUUGAGCUGGAUGAACUUCUGGAUGCUGCUCAGAAAGAUUUCUCUGAUCUUGAUUCUCUAGCAAGGAGUGACAGAAGCAACGGACCGGCUUGUGAGGAUCUGAUCUUCUUCUCUGAAGUGGAUAUUAUUACACCAACACAAAAGUUGUUAGCCAGACGACUGACAAUGGACAUAACCCCAGGGAAGAGCCUGCUCGUGACCGGUCCCAAUGGGAGUGGAAAGAGUUCAGUAUUCAGAGUCCUUCGAGAGCUUUGGCCUAUUGCAAAUGGAAGACUUUUGAAACCGAGUCAUAUUAUUGAUGAAAACAGAGGAACAAAGUGUGGUGUGUACUAUGUUCCUCAGCGGCCUUAUACAUGUCUUGGAACCUUACGAGAUCAAUUAAUCUAUCCUCUCUCUCUCGAUGAGGCAUUACAGAGGGUGUCAAUUAUCCCAACACAAGCUGAAGGUGUAUGUCUUGACAUUGCACGUGGAGAGACAGAUAGGGUUUAUAUCUUGGAUUCUAAGUUGAGAUCCAUACUCGAGAGUGUUCGCUUGAUCUAUCUCUUGGAAAGGGAACACGAUGGUUUCGAUGCUGCACUUAAUUGGGAAGAUAUUCUCUCCCUUGGGGAACAACAGAGACUUGGAAUGGCUCGUCUUUUCUUCCAUAGUCCAAAAUUUGGCAUCCUUGACGAAUGUACCAAUGCGACAAGUAUUGAUGUUGAAGAACACCUUUACAAGAUUGCACAAUCGAUGGGUAUUACUGUUGUUACCACCUCACAACGACCUGCGCUAAUACCAUUUCAUUCCUUGGAGUUACAUCUAGUCGAUGGUGAGGGUCAGUGGGAGCUCCGUUCCUUGAAGUCUAAAUCAAUAGCAUGACCAAUAUUAGAUACUCGCUCUCUCUCUCUCUCAGCAGUAUAUUGAGUAGUGGAGGCUGCCAGUGGCUGGUAUGGAUGUACAUUGGUUCAGCUUUUGCAAUCUCUUCUGGCCGGCAAGUGGGUUCAUCAUAUUUUAGUCAGAACUCAUCUCCAUUGUGAUAAAACAGUUAUUAAUUGUAUUGCAAAUAGUCAGAAUAGAGAGCUUGGUGGAUGGUGACCUGCGGUACGUAGAAGGAGGAAGGCUGUGAUGUAUGAAGUGAAGAUGUGCAGGAGGAAGCCUGUGAUGUAUGAAGUGAAGAUGUGCACGGGCUUGGUCUUUUAGUCCAACCACCAUUAACAAUCCCAUGAAUGAGCAAAUAAGAGUUCGACAUUAUUUUUUGGUAACUGGAGCAACUCGAACAUCCAAUGUUCGAUCAAUUAAUUCACUUAAGAAAUGACAAGUGGCAGUCUAGACAUCCAUUGUUUGAACCAAUUAUUGUACCAUAUGCACUUUUGUGAACGAUUGAGCAUAUCAGACAUUGUAUGUAUGAACCUCCAAAAGCCUGAAUGUUAGUGGAAGUCCUAUUUGAACAUGCAA